UUAGAGUCAACAUUUGAAGGAUGUCUGCAGACAUCUAUACAAAGACGAUUUGCAGUCAACUCUCGAAGCCUGACUUGGAUGAGUCAACUUACAGUCAAUAUAUGGACGAUUGUACUGUUAGGUCUUCGAAAGAAAAGAGCGGCUCCUCCGCCGCCAACGCCCAGACCACUCUCGUCGGCUAUUUCUACACAGACUUUAGAACACAGCGUCGACUCCGAGGAAUUGUUAACGUCCAAAAUGGGACCCUCGAAACCGUUGUCAGACAUUGGCGCGCCAUCAAAAAUCAGUGUCGACAUUGACCGUCUCAAAGUUAAGUCUGACAUCAAUAUCGACGCUCAGUCUACGCGCCAAUUGGACUCAGAUGAACCAAAAGCUGCGACGUGUGAAUCCACUGGUGACAUUCAACAGAACUAUGUGGCCAAAGAAAAUCCCAAGGCGUAUUCCAAAUUGGAUUCGGUCAACUCUAAACAUGUUGAGCAAAUGAUCACUUCUGUAGAAGCAACUCCGAGGGUAGAACAAGUUAGAGCGAGGAGAGUUGGAGAACCUGCACCCCUUCCCAAGCCCCGAAAGAUUAAUGUGAGUAAAAUUACCGUUUUGGAGUCUUCGAAAACAUCUAAACGGAAAAUAAUUCCACCUUUUGCACCGCCUAGAAUUCUAAAACGCAAUAACACAAACGUUUUAUUACACGAAGAUUCGAAUUCCAAGCAUGUCGAUGAAGCAUAUCUCAGCACUUCAAUUGUCGACGAUAUUUUCUCUUUGUUGGACGAACACGAUUCUGCUAAACUGAAGCCAAAAUAUACAUCAAAACACAACAGUAUAGCUUUAAAUGAAGAUCAGAUAAGUCUGCAGAAAGAGAUACCGGAAAUUACCAGCGAUAUUACAGCUGAAGAUAAUGCAUUUUUAAAAUCAAAUCAAUGUUUGAAUUAUCAAAUGGAAAGCAAUGAUUUACAAAACUCUACGAAACCAAUUUACUUUAAUUCAGAAGAAGAAGCACAUUCAAAAUCUAAAGAUUUUAGUCAAGAGAAACAAAAAUAUGUGCAAGAUGUUAUUAAUGACAUGGAAAAUAAUGCACCAUUAAAUUUGAACUUAUAUUUACAUAAUAAAAAACAUAUUGCGUUGAACUCUAUAGAAUUAAAUGUAUCUUCAACGAAAUCAUUAUUAUCUGCAUAUGAAGUUUCUGAAGAAAGUAGAAAUAAUUCUUCAGAGCAAGAUUAUAAGAUAAGAUCUGAACAGAUUGAUGAAAUUAAAAACCAACGUGAUAAUUUGUGGACAUCGAACAAUAGUUCUCUGAGUGAGAGUGUAACCAAAUUGACUCGCAUGAUUGAACCGAGAAGCGAGCAACCGAAGAUACCGCAUCAUCAAUUCACUCGCAAAAGAUCAUCCAACGCGCAGAAAAAGACAAUUUCUUUCAGUGAGAAAAGUGAAGAAAACGUUCAGGUGGUGAAUCCCGAGACAGAGAAGGAAACAUGCACAGUAAUUUCCACUAUACCGAAAUGCGAACAUCUGAAUGCUAUAAAAGAAGACAGUACUUCAAAUGGUAUCGCAAAGCGCGAAAUCGCGGAAGAUAUUGAUAAAUUGUGUGAAAAGCGUCAUAAUUAUCCUCACAAAGAAUUAAGUAGCACGAGGAAUGCUAAGCGUACUAAGGUGGUACGCAGCCAGUCCAAGUCGGAUGACUUCGAGAUGGACACUUUGAAGAAACAGAGACGAUAUCUCACCUUGCCUCCGAGCAAUGUUGCGCACGCUUUAAAUCUCAAUCUUCCCUCACAAAAUUCUACGUUUUCUGGUAUUGCGGAAAAGAGCCAGGAGCAAGUCACAACGCAAUGUUACACUGAUCGUACGGGAAAUGCGGAUGUAGAUAAGGGAACGUCGUAUGGUGAAUUAAUUACAGGUUACCAGGAUAUCCCAUCCGAGACUGAUAUCUUGCUGCAGAAGGUAUCGGAUACAUUAUCGAAUGUAUUACCAACUUCAUCGUCUCCAGUAUCGGAACCGUCGUUAAUUCUUGGGACAAAUUGCAUAACUGCAUCCAUGCAAAUGAACAAUGUUACCGCCGUUCCCGAUGUUUCCGUGAUCAAGUUAGAAUCUGCUGAGACAAAGGUUAACGAGUUCAACGAACUCUACAAGUUAUGUAACAAUAUUUCGGUAGAAAACACAUUGAGUAUCAGCAUGCCAAAUAUAACCGUAGCAAACUCGCAACAAGACACGUCUGAUUACGUAUCGGCGAUGAGCGAAGAUUUAUCGAUCAACGAUUGGGAGUAUCAACUUCCGGCACCACCGAGUGCUUUCCGCGACUCGCAUUUGCCUACCUUCGACAAUUACGACACGGUUACGCUGAACUCGAUGGAGGCCUUCAAAGAGUUUGCUUCAGCAAACCCUCUUGCUGAAUUGACAGAUGUAGACAGUAAUGAUAAGAAUAUUGAAUCAACAAAAGAUUUAUCGAAUAAUAUUGAGGUAAAUAGUGAGCAAAGAAUUUCAAGUGAAAAUAAAAUAGACCUUGUUAAGCGAAUGACGAGCAAGUCCUUUGUUAAGCAAACACCCAUCGCUUCGCAAAAAUUGGAAACCGAUUCAGAUCUACGAAAAGAGGUGAUUUCGGAACUGGAAAAUAAGAUAGAGAUUGGUGUAUUGGCACAGACCGUUAAUAAAGAUUUUGAUCGAAGAAAUAUGGACAGCCUGUCCGCACCGGAGUUGGCGCCCGUGGACAACACUCUGUCCAACUUCACUAUUACUACUUACACCAGGCAGAAAAGUUUAGAUAUUUUCGAGGAAUUUGAGGAGUCGAGUGAUGUUAUAAGAAACUCGGAAGAGAGAUUUAUCAAAACGUUUGCCACGUUAUCGAGAAACAACGCCGGUGCGUGUAAUUAUGAUCAGAGUAGCACGAUGAAGAGUACACAUUUGAUUAACAAUUUAUCGAAUAACAGAAGAAUAACAAAUAAAUCCGAAGAAUCAAAUACGAAUAACGCUGACUGUAAAAUGGAACCGAUUUGCGAUCAGGACAAGUCAUCCGACAAGUGGCGAUCUUUUAAUGUGAUCAAUGACAAAACUAAUAUCCAGCGAUCUAAGAGUUAUAUAUUGAUGUCUAACAACGCCAAAUAUCAGAAGAAGACGCAAGAAAUUGAUGCAAGAAAGCACGAAUCGCAAAUGAAGCUGGAGAUUACUGGUAUGAAAAAAGCUACGAGUAUCACUGAUUUGAAUGUCAACACGCGAAAAGAUAAUGAGAAGUUUCCACAAUGGAGGGACAACAUACUAAAAAAUCAAGAGAAAUCUACCAAAGAAAAUCAAUUACGAUCAUUGCAGGUACUGAAAAGUAUUUUACCGCAAUUGAAAAAUACUCAACAGGCGGAGGAAAAUGUGUCCAAAGAUUAUAAUAACACGCUAUCAAUCCAAAAAACAAUAUAUGAGGCUAAUUGUAAAUCCCACGAACAUACGAUCAGAAUGAAUGCAGAUUCGUUCUGCGAAUCUCAUAAUUUAAAAUCAGAAUGCAAACAAUUGCUGAAAGAAGAAAGCGCAAAGCAUUACGUUUACACUGGACCACCUGCAAUCAGUCUUGGCAGUUGGUUAGAGAGACCCAGCGUCAAUGUCCAAAUCAAAACAGACACCGAUUACAAGUUGGGAAAAAGCAAUAUGAUUAACGAUAGUAAAAUCAUUAACAUUAACGGCAAAAAGGAGAAAGAUAUUGCAAACUACGCCAACAGCAUUUGUAAGAAUGGCACCAGGCACGAACUCAAUGUUGAUUCUUUGGAAAAUAAAAAUUCUAACGAAUUAAUCGCACGCACGACAACAUCAAGUUUCAAGUUACCGGAUCGAUUUAACAUGGUAUCUCCCUACUUAGCAAGGAAUGAGGAUAAACCUGUUGUGAUGGGGAUUGAAUUGAAAAGAACUUCUUUUAAAGCGCCGAGGGAACUGUUGAGAAACGACAAAAAUGAGGUUGACACUACGCCAAUGAAUUUUAAAGAAUUGACGAAGACGUUCAAUCAAUAUACGGAUUUCAAGCAGAAAUCUAAACGCACUGAUAGACACUUGGCGCAUCAUCGCGAUACGAAACCGAACGAGAUGGAAAAAAUUACGAAUUCGAACGUCAAGGAAAACGAUCACGCUUGGUUUGCAAGAACGAUCGACAAAGAUGAUUUCUCAUUUAAAAGUCAAGUUCAACAAAUCUCACGGACAAAAAAGUUUACAUCUAUCAUAGGCGGGAUGAGCCAAAAACAUGAAUUGCAAAGCGAAAAACCCUUCAGAUGCAGCAAUGUCAUGAAAAUUAAUCCGCCAAUACCCGUUGUAAAAGGAUUCAAGAUAUCAAUUGCUGAUUCGAAGAUGAAUAAUAAUCAGACGAAUAAUUGCAACGGACUGUCGACGGUUGAGGACUCCAACAGGCACAUGCAGCCUCCUAAACCUCCUACAAUGCCAGUGAUAACAGGAGUAAUGUUUAAAAAUGCCAACACGAGACCCAAAUCAAUGCCGAUCCAAUUAAAUCCUAGGGAUAUGUUGUUGGAGUCCAUUCGGAAUUUCGGCGGACAUGAAAAGUUAAAACGUACUUCAGAGGGAUACUAAUUGUGAGUAGCUGCACAUACUUCAGAGGAUAAACUGAGCACAAAAAAUUUUUUAUAGUAAUAAUGCUGAAAGAUUUACAAAUUUUAUUCCAUUUAUUCUGUUAAAUUAAAAUCUAUAUCAUUUAUUUUUAAAUCGUUAAAAACACGAGAAUUACAUUCCAAAGAUCUUUCCGUUUAUAAAAGAAACACAAAGAGAAAGAGUUAAAACGUUUGCCCCUAGAAUACUUAAAGGCUUUUCGGGAUGUAAGCUAAAAAAUUCAAUUUACUGUUUUUUAAAUUCUGUACUUUUGUUUUAUAUUUUGUAUAUACAAACUAAUGUUCAACAUUAAAAAUUAAUUAUUAUUUAUUAUGCGUCAUAUCUUUUCGUCUAAAAAGAAACGAAAAGUUUAUAUCUAAAUAGAAAUGAUAGUGUAUGUUGCAUUUUCUCUCUCUUUCUCUUCAAUUCACAAAAGAAAAAUAUCUGCAUGUUUGUAUGUCUGCAAUUUUUAAUGUAACUUGAUAUAUUUGAUAUAUAGUUUAGCUAUAUAAUAAUAUUUUAAGGGUAAUACAAAAGUGCUGAACAAUAUAUUUUAAAUACAUAACAUAAUUUAUGUUGCUAGUAAGUCAUCUAUAGCUCAUCUAUUUGUGUUUUUACGUGUAAUUAUUGUGAUUGUAUUCUUAUGUGUAAUUGUGUGGAAUAUACUGAGAAGAAGAUUUAUGUCAUUUUUUGCUUUCCGUAUUUAAUGUGAAGAAAGCAGGAAAUCUUUUUUGUAAUAUUAAUCAUUGAGAUUGCAAAUAAUUUCAUUAAGAAUAUAUCUCAACAAAGUAUAUUCUCGAUAGUGUUAAGUAUAUUUGAAUUAAGGAGGUAGUCUACUCUUGAGAGCCAAAUUUAAAGGUAAUUUUGGAAAUUUUUAUGAAUAUAUAAAUUAUUAAGAUACACCUAAAAAAUGAUAAAUGUUUAUAAAGUCUAUACACUGUAGAUAUAAAAAAAGUUUCUCUUUCGUUUUUUGCAAAGUAGUACACAAUGACACCGAAGUUAAGCCCAAAGUAAAAAAAACGGAGUUUCUUGCGAGAGAGAAGUAAUAAUCGACAUAAAGGAAUUACGAGCAGUUACGUGACUAUGUUAAAGCAUUCCGGUAUUUUUCGGAUAUAUUUAAUCCUCAGCUAACACACUAUGUUAGAUCCGAUAUUUUGUCACACAUGGGUGUACAUACAUCACCCGACCAUUUUCAAUUGCAUAUAUCUCGGUACGUAAUGCAUAAAAUUUGAACAAUUUUUUAAAUUGAUACUCUAAAAGGUCAAAAAUAAAAGUAAAUAAAUGCGAAAAUCAAGAAGUUGAAUAUAUUCUAAAUAUUCAGAAAGAGCGAACAAUUUAUGAAUAUCAAGCAUUUUUGUAAACAGGCCAGGUGAACGAUACUUGGUGAAGGUCUAAGAAAGAUUUGAAUAGAAAAAUUUCUAUCUGCCUGAACCCUUUUUAGUCCAAAAUUUGUACCCGAUUGAGCCAAUUUUAUACCAAAUAAAUCCAUAAAAAAAGAUUCGCAUCCGAUUGAAUCCGUCGUAAUUCAAAAUCGGCGGAAAGAUUCCAGUCCGAUUAAAUCCAAUCUAAACCGGAUGCCUAAUGAAAAUAGGUAUUAAAUCAUUAUAUAAUCCUAAUAAACAAAACAAUAUUUUUGUAAUAUUUUAAGAAACAUUUUUC